AUGGCAAACAAGGCGGAAAAGAAGCUGGAAGGAAACAUCCUGAUCCUUAAGCGGGUGUUGGCGAUACGAGAUGUGGUGGAAAAGUUCGUGGCGGAGUACGACCAUGAGCGGGACGCCAACCAAGUAUCAGUUCGGUUGGAAACCUUGGACAAGGUCAACAAGGAAUUUCAACAGGUCCAAGGGGAGAUAGAGAAAUUAGACGUCGAUCAGUUCGAGGAUCACAUCGAGGUACGCACCGGAUUCGAAAAUCGGUACUGCGUGUUGAAGGGAUUUCUACUCUCCAAGAUGGACAACGGCCAGCCUCCAUUAAAUUCGACGAUGAUCAACACCUUCGCUCACCACACAUCAUCGAGUUUUCACCAUCGGCUGCCGAAGAUCGAUCUGCCGAAGUUCAGCGGGGAUGAAUCAAGGUGGAUAUCGUUCCGGGACAACUUUCUGUCGAUGAUCCACAGCAACAAGGACAUUCCGACCGUCAACAAACUCCAAUAUCUGCUGCAAUCGUUGGAGGGAGAAGCAAAGAAGCCGUUUGAAAGCGUUGACAUUCAGGCGGACAAUUAUGCGUCUACGUGGGACGCAUUGAUGAAGCGCUACGACAACAAGCGGUUCCUGAGAAAGGAGUUAUUUCGAGGACUGUUCGAACUACUACCAAUCAAGCGUGAAUCAGCACAGGAGCUAAACACAUUGGUCGACGAAUUCCAGCGGCACGUGAAAGCGUUAGGAAAGCUCGGUGAACCAGUUAAGCACUGGAACACUCCUCUCACCUUCAUCCUCUGCAAUAAGCUCGACGCAUCUACGUUACGUUCUUGGGAACAGGAAACGCGUCAGAAGGACGACGUAAGCUACGAUGAGUUGAUUGAAUUCCUUAUCCAGCAAGUUCGAAUGCUGAAGUCCGUAUCAAGCGAUCUACAACAUCGCUCUCAAGGGACUAGCAUCAAGGUGGCCGGUCCAAACCCGAAGAAAUUGUCCACAUUCAAGUCCGUUGUCAAUGCUGCUACAAGUGAAGUCAAGUCGAACACUCUUCAUUGCCCUGCAUGUUCCGAGAAGCAUCUGCUACACCAGUGUUCAACAUUCAACAAGCUGUCCGUAUCCCAACGACGAGAGUUGGUAACCCAGCGAAGCUUGUGUUGGAACUGCUUUCGUUCUGGUCAUCAAGCGCGGACCUGCAAAUCCAAAUUUAGUUGCAGAACCUGCCAAGCCAGACAUCACACCUCGCUGCACGACGCAGCUCCGAAGAAGACAACUCCUGCCGUACCUUCGAAUCCUCCUAUGCAACAACCAGCUCCAUCCACGUCAGCGCACGUGGGGACCUCUGGAUCAGCGCAUCCACCAGAAGUUAGCAUGGCUAUCCAAUCGAACCACAGCACGGUCCUACUGGAAACGGUUGUUCUAAUCGUCGUCGAUCAACACGGCAAGGAAUUCACCGUACGAGCGCUCCUAGAUUCUGCAUCGAUGUUCAAUUUCAUCACCAAGCAGCUGGCAAACGCUCUUGUCACGCAGCGUACUGCAGUAGACGUCGCUGUAUCAGGACUAGGUGAAUCCGUCAAGCAGAUCAAACGUCAAAUCACGGCUACGAUCAAAUCGAAAACGAACACCUUUUCCUCCACACUCGAAUUUCUCGUAAUGAAGAAACCAUCUGCCAAUCUUCCGACUAUCGCCAUCAACACAGCUGCGUGGAACUUACCAAGCGUUCCACUGGCCGAUCCGCACUUCAAUAUUCCGGGCAUGAUCGAUAUCAUCAUCGGUGGGGAAUGCUACCACGAAAUCCACACCGGUAACCGCAUAGCACUCGGGAACGGUCUACCAUUGCUGGUCGAAACACACUUCGGGUGGGCAGUUUCUGGAAAAACGUCCACCAAUUCCGCUGUUGCACCACCAGCAUGCUACAUAUCAACCACCAACCGAUCCCUCGAAUCAGCGCUUCAACGUUUCUGGGAGCUUGAAGCCGUCGAUAAUGGCCCGACACAUUCCUCAGAAGCAGUGCUGUAA